AUGUCUGCCGUCGUCAUUCGCAGUGAGGCUCUCCACCGCGUCCACACAGACACCUUACUCGUUCGCAACAGCCCAAACAUCGCCGUCGAGGACAAGGUCAUCCCAGGUCCGCGCGGUGACCUGCCCAUAACGAUCAUCCGCCCCCUCACCACUCAGUCUUCUGGGCGGCCCGGCAUCCUCUUUAUCCACGGUGGUGCCGUGAUCCGGUGCAACCGAUACUCGGGGCUCGACAGCAGCAUCGAGUGGGCACGUCAGUUCGAUGCGAUCACUGUCAGCGUCGAAUAUGGUCUGGCCCCAGAGAAUCCCGGCAAGGGUCCGGUAACCGAUUGCUUCGCAGCUCUGCGGUGGUUCGCCGAGAAUGCCGAAUCUCUCGGCGUGGACCCCGGUCGGCUCAUGAUAUAUGGCAUCUCGGCCGGCGGUGGUCUAGCUGCCGCCACCGCACUCAUGUCUCGAGACCAGGACGGCCCGGCUCUAAGGGCACUCUUUCUGGAAUGUCCCAUGCUGGAUGACCGCAACCAGACUGUCUCGUGCCAGCAGUUCGCCACGGGUCCCAUGUACAAUUCGACCUUCAACAAGUUCGCCUGGAGCUGUCUGCUUGGGGACCGUGCCGGCUCGGACGAUGUAUCAUACUACGAGGCUCCCGGUCGAGCUGAGGAUCUCGCUGGGCUCCCACCGACGUUCGUGGACGUGGCCUCUGCCGAUCCCUUCCGCGAUGAGGUUGUCGGGUUCGCCUCGAAGUUGUGGAAGGGAGGAGUCGCAGCCGAACUUCAUGUUUGGCCUGGGGGGCCCCAUGGCUAUGACCGUAUCGUGCCGAAUGCUGCCAUUUCGGUGCUCGCCAGGAGGGCCCGGUGGGCGUGGAUUGCUCGCACUUUAUAGCUGGUUCAUUUUUGUCCGGCGUCCUGCUUUUCGGUUCAGCGUGUUGUAUCAGCGAAGUAUUUAUGGUAAACAGCGGCGUUGCUCUCUUCCCUUCCUUAUUUCUUUUAGCAGAAAACGAGCCUAAACAUCUGGAAGUACCGUUGUCAUUGCCAUUGGCCAGGUUUCUCAUCUUUGGAGAAGCAGGAGACUCUAGAGUCGUCUGACAAGGAGAUUAGAGGUUUCAUUUCAGAGCCAGUGUGCGUCGUUGCGUCGGAAUCUAACUAAAUAUAAAGGACUUCAUUGUUAUUAGUCAUUCCCUUCAACGUUUACGAUG